UUUCAUAAUGGCUAGUAGGAGAAUUGUUUUUGCGGGUUGACCCAAGACUCAACCGCACCCUUCCGCCACCCACCCAACCCAACACGUGGAGGUAUAUAGGUGGAUUGCGGGUCACAAUUAUUUUAACUCGCUAAUAAGCGAGUGGGUCAAUUUGAAACCAAACUCCACCCAACCCGCACAUUGACCACCUUAGUGCUAAGCAAUAUAAUAAUACAGAGACUCUUUCAUGUUUGCUGUAUCACAUCUAGGGCUGUUAAUGAGUCGAGUCGAGCUUUACCUUGUUCACGUUCGGCUCGUUUAUAAACGAGCAGAGCUCGAGGCCCGACUCGUUUAUAAACGAGCAGAGCUCGAGGCCCGACUCGUUUAUUAACAAGCCGAGUCGAGUCGAACACGAGCCAGCUCAUUUAUUAAAUCUUGACACAUCGUUAAGAUCGAAAGUUCGUCUCGAGCUCAACUCUAAAAUAAUUUAUAAUAUAAAUACCCUGAUAUUUAUAUGUCAUAUGUGAUACAAGUGAUCAUUACCUAAUGUUAUGUCAUAUAUGAGACGUAUUUGCUUACAUAUACUCAAUGUAUUAAACACCAUAUGAGGUGAUAUAUACAAUUUAAUAAUUAUAUGCAUCAUUAACAAACCAACUCAUAAAAUAUAGAUUGAUUUUCUCAUAAAUUGUAGUCGAGUUAGCUCUCUAGUACAAUGUUGGGACAUCUCAUAAGCUCAAAACGAGACAGUUCAUGAGUUUUAUUAAACGAGCCACCUAAUCGAGCUAGUUCACGAGCUUCACGAGCCGAGCAAGGUAAUAAACGAGCCGAGCUUUUUUUUAAUCGAACGAACUUUUAUCGAGUUCGAAACCGAGCCGCUCACUAAUAGCUCGACUCAUUAACAACACUAAUCACAUCUCACACCACAAGACGUGUGUGGAUAGGUAGGAUCGGAUUAGGAUGAGAAUUAGUAAUUUUCAGCGGCCAACACAUUCACGUGUCAUCAUGUUAACAACGAGUUAUCAAGUUUCUGUACCGCUCACAAAGUGGAGAUUGGCCUGAAAUUUGGCGGAUUUGUCCAUUUCAUCUUCCGUAGAUUAGUAUAUUUCCAUUUCGUUUUUAAAAUUUAUCAUCUCGUUGCUUUUGCUUGUAUUUCUCUGACCAAUUUUGAUUGUACCGCUUGGCGGAAGUAAAGUAACUGCUCGCACAGUGCUGCUGGGGCCAGAACGGCAUCGAGUUUAAGCAAACGCUUUUACUUUCGACACGUGCCUCAAGGCCAUUGGUGUUACCUCCCGCUAUCGUCGUCAUCAUCAAUCCUUUUUCUUCUUCCGCUUGUUGAUCGUUCGCCGUCCCUAGGUCACGGGGCGGAUCUAAAACAAAAUUCCAAUCCCCCUCAUUCCGUUCCACCACCAAACGGCCUCCAUUGCCCAUUUUUAUUUUAUAUAGAGGAAAGAAUACAACUUUAUCUUUCUUUGGCCUUUUUAUUCUACUUACUUGCGUGCCAAAUCCGAUUUCCAUUGCUGCGGUGGUUGAGAUCCGGCGAAACAAGUUUCGUCGGGUUUCGUCCUUUUGGCGCCUCUUUGCUCCAGACAAGCAAGGCCCUUUUACUUAAUUGAAGAAAACAGAUCCUCUGCCGAAAAACAAGAUGAAGGGGUCCUGCACACUCGUGGCUUCAAUGAUCGCUGCUUCCACCAUGGCCCUCUCUUCUUCCUCGUCCACGUCGCCAACCUCUGCCAGCGACCGUGACAUCAUGGCUUUACAGCCCAGCGUCAGCCAGGGAUCGGGGGCAUCUUCGGCGCAGGACCGAGAACCAGAGGAGGAGCAGGGGAAAUUUGUUCCUCGAUUCGAUGGGCUGAGGUUCAUAGAGACGCUUGUCACCGCCCACAGAUGAAAUCCUGCUGCGAGGAUGAGGGGUCGAUGAUGGGGUAGAUGAAUGCUUCUAAGUUCUAACCCACCCCGGUGAUGGAUUCCUUUUGUCAGUUUUGUUCGUGGAUGGGAUGGAAGGAAAUUCAUGUAACUGUAUCCUAGAGAGUUUUUAUUUUUAUAUUUAGUAAGGGUUAAUCCUUGGCGAUAUUCCAUUUUGAUUUUUCUGUUGUUGUUCCUGAACGUUCUACUGAUUCUGCUGGUUUAUUUCACGAUUUGCUUUGAUGGGAAGUGGUCGGGUUAGAGGUUCGGCUCUUUCUCUGUUUUUGCCAUGAGAUUAGGCUGGACCUUUAGUGUGUAAUGUGGACAAGAAAAGCCUCUCCAUUCAAUCUUCAGAUAAUGAGAUAAGAGGUGCAUCAUGAUUUUUUUUUUCCUGGAGAUGUUGCCUGCCUCUUUUCUUUUUAGUUAUUGUAUUUAUUUUGCAAAAUUUGCUUGUUUUUACUGGGAAGGAAGAGUGCAGCUCGAGCCUGUAGCCCUUGAAGCUUUGUCAGUGGAUUAAAAGAAGAAGAAGAGAUGAUUGGAAUUCGGUGCACUUGCCUUCGUUUUGUUUGCUUUGUUCAAUUCCGAUGAACAAGGUUAGAGGUGUUAGUAAACGGUAUAUGAUCCACGAUUGAACCUUUCCCAAUAACUCGAGUUAUUGGGACCAACUGGUUUUUGAUAUGGUAUCAGAGCCUUCUGUGAUCGAAAGGUCUUCUGUUCGAAUCUCGAUGACCUCCUAUCUGUUUCUGUUUCUGUUAAGCACAUGGUGUCCGGACCUGUGCCAGUGCAAACUCCAAGCCUAUAUGAGUGGCUUGAGUUUGAGGAGGUGUGUUAGUAAACGGUAUAUGAUUCACGAUUGAACCUCUCCAAAUAACUCGAGUUAUUGGGAUCAACUGGUUCUUGACAAGAGACCAUCUUUCUUUGCGGUUGAGAUCCUUCUUCCAUUUCAAUGAUUCAAUCUCCUUUCCUUCCCUCGAUCGAUUUGAGAUCUCUUGUGUCUGUCAUAAGAUGCUAACUUGCACUAGUCGGAAGUGCAACUAGUUUGUUUGUGUGAAUCUAAAAAUUCAGAUGAAAUCAUCUCAAAGUUGCAAGUUGUAACAGAAUCAGUCCCCUUGUUGAAGGUCGGUUGAUGCAGUUUCAGUUGUUGGGGAUGUGCCUUGCUUUUCACCUUUGGGUUUCCAACGCUGGUUGGAACGGGCUGGGGCCUGGAGGCAAGGCGCAGUUUGGGCCUGGCCUGAUAUUUCGUGCCUGCGUCCAGUUGUCAAAUUGUGGGCUACGACAAAGGAUACCUUCAUCAGUCUAUCCACCACCGGAACAAGACAACACCUUCAACUAGUGGCCGUAGAAGUACAGUUUGGAGGAACAAGACAACGCUUCAACUACCAGUCGUUCGAGAUGUGUGGUUGAGGAUCCUGAAUCCCUUAGGGCGGUCGGUUUUUCGAGCUGUCUACGAUAUUUUUGCCAUUGGCUUUUUAAUUACCCAACUUUUCCUUCAUCCGGGAAUUCGCUCUCUGCCUCUCUCCAGUGCAAAUUGAGCGAGAUUCAUGGUCUGGGAGCUUGCCAUUACUGAUUACAAUGGAUUGGGAACGGAAGCUAACCACUAAAUAAAUGAAUAAAUUGCAUCGCUAGCGAGGCACAAUUCACAAGAAUGAAUGAGCAAAAUACGAGGGGAUGGAUGGUGGCAUAAAAUGAUUAAAUUCAU